AUGGAAUUUUCCGCUUGUCCCUUCUGUAAUUUAACAGUACCAUCUCUGGAACUCGAGAGACAUGCUAAUAAUCACUUGGACGAUGAAGAAAACGCCCGAGACUUCGAACUUGCGCUUCAAAUCUCUCUUGCUCCCCCAUUUGUUGACAAUUCCGUAGAACAUAUAAAUAGUUCCAGGGACAACCCCAAGAGUGGUUUUUUUAGAUGUGAUGCCCAGGGAACUACCAGCAGAAGGAUAGAUACUGAUGAAAAAAUUUGUUAUUUAGUAGAGUCACAAAUCAAGGAGAGCUUCUGCCAAGUUGAAGACGGCUUGAUGUCUUUGUUGGCAAAGUGUCUAGAAUUAGACUCAAAGAACGCAACAAGUAUAUUGUCUGGAUAUGUUGAUCACUUUCAGAGUGUCGAAUCAGAGGAUGUUGGGUGGGGGUGUGGGUGGCGUAAUAUUCAGAUGCUUAGUUCUCAUCUACUUAAACAGAGACAAGAAGCAAGGGAGGUUCUGUAUGGUGGUUCUAGCUUUGUACCCGAUAUUGCUUCCUUACAAAGAUGGCUUGAAAUAGCUUGGGAAAGAGGUUUUGAUACACUUGGCUCAAAUGACUUUGAUCACAACAUUUAUGGAAGAAGAAAUUGGAUUGGAACCACCGAGUGCGCUGCACUUUUUCGUUCAUUUGGUCUUCGUGCCAGGAUAGUGGAUUUUUGUGGCAAUGAUAUAAGCUUAGAUAAAAAUGUGGGCAAAAGGAAGGUUAUGCAAGUUUAUGGACCAAUGGAUAAAUUUCUGUCGAAGAGGGAUUCAAAAAUUCCUGACGCAGUUUCAUCUGGUGAAGGAAGUUCUAGCAUCCCCUUGGGCAAUAAAAAGGGUGAUCAGGUUCUUAUUGAUUGGGUAUGGAAUUACUUUUCUGACAACAAUCCCAUCCCAUCUGGCAAUCGGCGUGUUGUCCUUAGUGGGAAACCGCCCUUGUACUUCCAACAUGAUGGCCACUCAAGAACCAUCAUUGGCAUUCAGGUUCAACAUCAGAUAAACAGGAUGCAGCACUGCAACUUAUUAAUCUUGGACCCUUCCAGUAAAACAAGAGCUUUGGAAAAAUCACUUAAAGAGAACGUUGGAUGGCAAAAGCUAAUAAAAAGAGGUGUCCAUACACUAAAGAAAGACCAAUAUCAGUUGUGUUUUAUUGAUCCUGGAAUUGCAAGUGGGGAGGAGCUGGAGAAGCUAAAGACCUUGCACAGCACUCGUGUUGAAUUCUAG